AGCCGUGAUAGGUGGCUAAUGAAAAGCUAACCAGCCCCUCACUUCUAUCCAAUGCAUCGAAAGUUUGCGCCUGCCCGCACCCGACCUUGUCCUUGUGAGCGUACCUACUUCCAGGCUUGUGUAGGUAUUUGGCAUCUUCAUAACUUAGACUCUUAUUCCAUGGCGCACAAAACUCGUUUCAUGGUCAAAUUCAAGUGCAGAACCACAGAGGAGAAAUUUCAAAGGCUAGAAGGAGUUCCAACCAUCUCGAGGCACCCAGAUACCCAAGCACGACAUCUUCCCAUGAUACCCUUGUCGACUUCUCGUUCGGUGACCAACCAAGUAGCCCUAGGGCGACCAUUGUGUCAGACGCAAACAUGGACUCAUUCCAGUUUCUAAGUGAGCCCAAGAUCCCAGCUGCCCAUCGCGCCGUUGGUUCAUCCGAUGAUGCCCCUCUUGAGUUGGAUGAGAUCCCAGCAGGGAAAACCGAAGACAGCUACGAAGCCAAGACAGUGGCUGCGGACCCGCUCGAUAUCGUUGACAGCCGGGGUGUGAUUGUUCAAGACUUCUCGUCGAGCCCUGCCGAUUCCAGCCACAUCAAGGCCAUGUAUUCGACACCGUCCCUCGUUGAGCAUCGGGAUUCCAGCGAGAUUCUUACGGAGGAGUCAGACGACCCGCAAGCGACGCUUCUAUCAAGCACCACUUCGCGGCCGCAGUCGUCAGCAUCCUCUGUCGAGACAAGAUGGCGGCCCUUAUAUCUCCAAACAAGAGUCCAGGCAGCUGCAAUGUGUGUUUUCUUUAUUAUGGCUGCCCUUGUCGAGGCUCUCUUGGUCAUAUCCCGCAAAAACGACGGACUGGCAACAAGCAAGGAAGAAAUGCGCUAUUUAUGGACUUAUGGGCCAACAGCUCUACUCGCCCUCGUCUCGGCAGGAUGGGGCAUGGUUGCUUUUCAGGCCCAACUAGUUGCACCUUGGUACAGACUCAUCCUAGCACCCACGAAGGCCAAAGAUUCCAUCUUUCUCGACUACUUGAACAUGAUUACACCAGCGGCAAUCUUCAACUCGCUCAAAAAUCAUGAUUGGGUAGUCUCAAUCAGCCUCUCGGUCGGCCUAUUGAUUCGACUAGUCAUCGUGCUCUCGACUGGUUUAAUCAAUCUGGAUUUAAUCAAAGUCACAGACACGUCGUACCCAACGAGAAUAACAAGGAAGUUCAUAGAUGGGAACGAGACGGUCAAAGUUCCUCCAAACGAAAUAUUAGGGAUGUUAGACGAUACUUUGAUGGAGAUCAAAGGUGGAUACCGCCCAUUCCCAGAUGGAACUUCGGACCUCUACGCGUGGGAGACUUUCGAGACCGACGCAGCAGUCGGUACAGAGAUACACACCACAGUCACUGGGUUUUCUGCCAAUCUUGCAUGCGAACCUGCGGUCGCAGAAAUGCGAUACCACCUGAAUCAGGAUUAUCUCCCUGAAGGUGUGGUCGAUGCCGUGUACCCGUGCGGAAUGCCUUGGAUCACAAUGAAUAUCAGCUUGUCGAGUGGGGAUUGCGUGGGGGUCUACACAAAUGAAGCAAGGACUUGGUAUGGAGGCGGCAGGACAGGACCGGUCCGUUUCAGUACUUUGUUCAACGACACUUGCCAAGGAGCCGGAUCACUCGAAACGCAGCGUCUCUUCUCGAUAUUCGGAGUUGUUGAUGCCAUCUUUGGCGACUUCAGCCAGGCCGAGCACUGCUAUUCUUCCCACAUACCUGAGGAAAUCCGGCUGUUAAGGUCUAAUGCAUUAAUAUGCACUCCAGUUCACUUGAUGCAUGAUCUUGAUAUUCGGAGAAUUGGUACUUCGGAUCCCAUCGUUCAGGUGAACGAGAACUCAUCUUCCCGGCCCUUGGAAAGCCUCCACCCCUGGACCAUUAUGGACACCAUCAUUACGUCUAUGAAGUCCCACGUGUGGGGCAGUCUGCCUACGAUCAUACAUAAAGUUGAUAUGGUUGGCCCAGAGGUGAUAUCAGACGCCUGGACGUAUUUUGUCUUUGGCAUUGGGGGCGCCACAAAGCAGCACGCCGACUCCAUGUUCGACAGCGCCACUCUUGAGGCAACGCUUGUUUCAUACUAUCAGAAGCAUGCAGCGCAACUUGCUCCGGCGCUCCUCAUGAGAUCCUGCAACGAAACAAGGCAAGGCACAGCCUUGCUAUUGGAGAACCGCCUGCUCGUUUCUCCGUGGAUUUGUCACAUCAUUGCCGGCCUCCUCGUUAUUGCCGGACUUGCGAGCCUAGCCAUCGGGACGCUACCUCAAAGAAAGAUAUCGCUGUCGUUCAAUCCCAGUAUCCCGUACGGGAUGGUGAAAGACUUCUCCCACAUCAGUGGCGCAUAUUCCGGGCUAGAAAUGCCAGUUUAUGGGUCCCUCAGCCCGGAUAGUUCGCCACAAGUAUUGAGAAAAUUGCCGUAUCUUGCUGAGCCAACUCUGCGCCAUAGAACAAGAACCGCAUCCAGUUUCCAGGCGAUAUCCGAGGAUCAAUCUUACAACUACCACAAACUCCAAGAUGAUGUUCACGGGCGAAAACGAGCCAAAGUUCCCUUUAUUCUACGACCUUACACGCGAUUCUUUGCAUCCCUUGCAACCCUGGCCAUCAUGGUUAUGUUAAGAGUAACCUUGAAGGAAUCCGAAGCAAAUCUAGGCCUCGGAGAAGCAGCAUGGAACUCGCAUUUGCAAUUCUUGUGGACCUCACUGCCGGCAGUGGUCUUCUCGGGAGUCUCAUUGACUCUGAAAUGGAUGGCCACGGCCGCUGUAUGUCUUUCCCCGUACUGGAACAUGGCGCGAAGUGCGAGGUUCAAUGGAUCGAUGGGAUCGAACCUCCUUGGUGAACUCCUGCCAGUCUCAACUUUCCGUGCGGCGCGACUCGGUUCUGUGGCUGCGGCAACUGCUGCAACUGCGGCCAUGCUGGCGCCCUGGUUCACCAUCUUUUCCCCGGCUUUGUUUCAGGCCAAAUACUUUCCGAAACAUUUGACGGCAUCAGUUCUCACAACGGGCUCGUUCUCAACGAGCUGGCCAAUAGGUGGCGAGGCGCAGAUGUUGGCGGGCGUGGUAGCGGGAAAAUUGCCGACUACCCUUGCCUUCCAAAUUCUCCAGGAAAAUAUGACCUACCCAGCCUUCACGUGGGAAAAUUUAGCGUUUCCUGAGUUCAGGUUAAACGCUCCUGACUCCUCGAAUGGUUUCAAUUUGACCGACACCCCUAUCAAGGCUCGAGUACCAGCGAUUCGCUCCUCUCUCUCGUGCAGACCGUACGGCUCCUCCGAGAUUAACUCUGCACUAUGGUUGGGCCAUCCAAAAGAUAAGUUUUUUAAAAUGUAUCCGCCAUCUUGGGGAAUCGGCUUGGCCGCUGAGACUUCCAAUGUCUCCAAUCCGUUGGUCGUCAAACUCACCGGUGAAACUUGCGCAUUCGACAAGCCCAACUACAACCCGUUGAGUGUCAUAUUCGAUACUACAAUCGGAGGCACCACUCCAUCACAUUCCUCGUUCAUGGCAGGACUUAAAGGAGGGGGGCGUUCGGACACCCGAGGGUACGGGUUGUUGUCGGGGAACAAGAUUGCGACAAAUGGGCAUUCCUGCAAGCCAUUCGUAUUCGUUUGGGGUCACUUCAAUAUCUCCGGAGACCAAGAGCAAACAGAAGUAUUCGCCUCAGCAGUGGCCUGCAAUCCUACAGCGGAACUCGUGGAUGUCAACAUGACAUUUCGAGAACCAGAACUGGCAAUAGAUUCGCUGGAAGUCGAUGAGACUUCUUUGCGGCAGACCUCUUUCGGAGAACACAUAGAUACUAAUAUUGGCCUUCUCUCGAUGUUUGAUUACGCUGAUAUCCGAAGCAUAUUCAAAGAUUAUCAGCCACAGAUUUUCGACGCAUUUGCCUCUUUGCUGACUACCUCGCCUUACGCGCUGACGCCUGAGGACAUUGGGGACCCCAAAAGGAUUCAGGACGUCGAAAACGCAAUCAAAUUCCAGUACGGCAUCUUACAAACACAACAUAUCCACAUCCAUGAUCGAUCCAAACCUGAAAGGUCGGAUGCCACUCUGCCGAAUUAUGCUGCCACGCCUCUCAACCAGACCAACGAUGCUCUUAGUUACCCCGCAGUUAUCACGGUCCCCAACGUCAAUCGUCGCGUGAUCCAAGAUCCAACGUCAACCUACAUCAUCGAGGGCCUGCUUGCUGUGGUGUUGGCCCUGACGCUGAUCUCUUGGGCGUUGUCACCCAGCCCAGAUGUCUUGCCUGGGAGCCCCACGUCGAUUGCAAAUGUUCUGUCCCUAGCCGCGUCAGGCAACCUUCUGGAGUUCAUUGCCAAAGGUGGCGAUGGCGGUCCACCGCCCGACGAUUUGUUCGAUAAGUACAUCUUUUGGCUCGGAUCGCGAAGGGUCAACGGCUCGGAUGGCGGAGAACAGGAGCGAUUCGGCAUCUGGGUCUUGACUCGAGAAGAGUUUGAGGUAAUGGAGGAGAGCGAAAAGUCGAAGUCACCAUAGAGGAAGUGAUGUAACCUUGAUUGUGACUGAUAACGGUGCUCUGAGCGGCUCAGGGAGUCAAGAGAUGGGCACGGGGUAGGAGGGCGCUGGGCAAGGGUCUAAAGGUGUCAACUAAAAGAUAGCCCUGAGAGUUUUCUUUUACAAUAAAUAGUCUGAAUCGA